GAUUGCGCGCCAUGGCCCCGCACGGGCGCUGCCGGUGGGCGCUGGCCCUGGCCCUGGCCUGGCUGCCGGCCGGUUGCCUCUCCCUCCAGGUGACAGUGCAGGAUACUGAGCGUUACACCACCUUAUUUGCCAGUGUCAUCCUCAGGUGUGACUACAGCACCUCAGCUCAGCUGCAGGACGUGGUGGUGACCUGGCGCUUCAAAUCCUUCUGCAAGGACCCCAUCUUUGACUACUACUCAGCCUCAUACCAGGCUGGUUUAGCCCUUGGCCAGGACCCAUCUGACGACUGCAACGACAGCCAGCGAAAGGUGCGCAUUGUCAUCCAGAAAUACGGGCAGAAGGACCCCGUGCUGGGCAUCGACUACCAGCAACGGAAGAUCACCAUUCAGAACAAAGCAGACCUUGUCAUCACUGAGGUCAUGUGGUGGGACCACGGCGUGUACUACUGCAGUGUGGAAGCACCAGGAGAUACAUCAGGUGAUGCGGACAAAGAAGUGAAGCUGAUUGUUCUCCAUUGGCUUACGGUGCUCCUCAUCAUUCUCGGUGGCCUCCUUCUCCUUCUGAUGAUUGGAAUAUGCUGGUGCCAGUGCUGCCCCCAGUAUUGCUGCUGCCACAUCCAGUGUGGCUGCUGUCCAACCCGGUGCUGCUGUAACCAGGAAGUACUGGAACGGCAUCGGUUCAUAAAGCGGGCUCAGGCACUUGCACCUUGGAUAUCACCCAACAUGUUCUACGGAGGUGGUGACAGGAACUCAAAACUUUCCUCUUACCAGCUGAACCCUCUACUGCAACGAGAUGUCUCUCUGCAGAACAGUCUUCCACUAGUACAGCCACAAGCCCAGCUUUCCCAUAACAACGGUGUUUUGGACUAUCUGGAGUCUGAAAUCCAAAACCUCAACAUGUCACAGCUCCGGCCACCCUCCCACCAGCGGCAGGCUGUGCAGCCCAGCCUGCUGUCCUCCCUGGGCUCCGACAUCAUGCCACCUCCUCUCACUGAUCACAUGUCCUCCAUCCAUGGGAGCAGCAACUCCUCACGGCCGCAAAGAGCCACCCGCACCCCCCGACCCUGGGACUCCGCAGCAGAGGACAGAAGGGAAAACCGGAGGUGGCCCGUGCCUUCCAGUGGGGAUUCUCAUUCCAGCUACAGUCAGGACAUGUGGGACAGGCAGCGAGAGGAUCAUCCUCAGAGGCAGAGGACAGGUGGCUACAAUGGCAGGCCACAGUACUCCAGACGGGAUGUGUCGCCCGCACGCCAAGCUGAGAGGGGCAAGAGCAGCAGCAGCAGCAAUUUCUAUCCAGAGGAGGCCAAGGAGCGCUCCAGCCACCAUCGUGGCAGGAGACAGGAGCCCGCAGGGAGGCGAGAAUACGAGAACCACACUGGGAGGAGCAAUAACUCAGGCCAGCGGCGGCACAGCUACUCCCCCCCUUCUCGCAGGGGGUCAUGGAGCUCCUCAGAGGAUCAGGUCCAUGUCCCAGCGACAAACCGCAGGCGGAGGAACCAGUCUCGGGAAUGGCCAGAAGAUAAACCCCCCAGUUAUCGCUCCUUAGAAAUCAUCCCGAGUCAGGACGAGAAGCACAAAGGCAGAGCAGGGACACGCUCGGACAGAGCAAGUUCCCACAGUGGAAAAAGCAUAAUCAUUUAAUGUCAGUACUGAAAGAACUACGAUUCCCACUGGACUCCUCUUAGAUUUUUUACUAUAUGGGUUGGGAUGGCUGCUUUUGAUUGAACAGACAACCAGCAAUAAACCAGCAAUAAAACAGAUAAAGCAGCUUCUCCUUAGAUUUGCAACUCUGAAGAAUCUAUGACUCGUGCCCAUGGAAGCCAUACAUAACCCAUUUUUAUUCUUGCCGUGAUUGGAAACAGGUUUGCAGUGGGCUGUAGUUCAUUGCUAUUGGAAACAGCAGAUUUUUUUCAGUAAAUAGUAUACUGCUAAUCUGGAAAGAUAGAUACCAAUUCUCUUUGUUAAGUGCACUGCAAGGAGCCCAGUCUGUAGAAUGCUGGUCCUUUGCACACCAGUUACCGGAGAAAGGCUCCAAUGUUCACAGAGUUGUAAAGUCACAAGACAGUAGAAUAAUUUCGAUUAGAAAGGGCCUCUGGAGAUCAUCUGAUCCCGUGCCCUGGGAGUCUGGUGUGGGGAGGCACAGCAUCUUCUUUCUAAGGCCCUUUGUUGUGCUUCAGAAUGUGUAAUGUUUGUUGCUUCUGCCUGGCUGCUCAGCACAGUUGGGGCAGUUGCUUCCUUUUGUCCCCACUAAGCCUCUCUCCCAAACAGGAGGAUCACAGUGUUGGAAUGAUGUUCACUGCCUUAAGAUCUCACUAACAUGUCUGCGAAUUUCCGGGUUAUCCACCCUUUACUGACUGAAACAAUCUGGCCUUCUUUAAGCUUAGACCUUAGUGCCUUAAAAGAUACUUGUUCUAGCCUUUCAUCGAGACUUGAAUUUAUUUGUAACUUAAAGGGCUAAAUUUACCAAGGUUUGGCCUUCUCUUCAGGGACUGAGUAAAGUAUAACUGCUGUCCCUUGCACCAUGGACAGAAUUUCCCUCAACUCAAGGAAGCACAGUUUUGGUGACUAUAUCUUUCCUAAGCCAGGUACUCUUUUCCAUGCAUUUUAUAUUCUCCAUUUGCUCUCUAUGCCAUGUAUCAUAUACAUGGGGUGGUAUAAAGGGCUCUGAAGAACUCUAACAAUCACCAUUUUUAAUGUUGUCCAUGAUCUUUACCCUGGCACUUACACAGUGCUGCAUGUGUGGUGCAUCUGAUCUAUAGCUAGAUUGUAGGUUUCCCUCAUCUCUCACCUUACAAUUAGAACACAGAAUUUCUGUGUGCUCUGAGACCAGUUGUGAAGGAGAAAAACUUACCAUUUCUCCUUGAUGUGAUUAAUCCACUGUUUUAAUUUAAAAUGUGCCGGAGAAAGAGAAGCCCUCUGGAUGCUGGCUGCUUCCACGGGAAACUGGCUUGCCAGAGGCACUUCUUGGAUUUAAGAGACUCAACGGUUGUCAAGGAACUUUUGGAGAAUCUUAUGAAUUAUUUUGUAACCCAGAGGCAAUGGAGAUUGGCCAGUACCAAUGACUGUCUUGCCUGGUUCAUUUCCCAGCCGGUGCCGCAUGGGACGCUUGCUACUGUUUGUUCUUUAAUGUCCUAAUUACUGAUGUGCUUAUGCUUUCCCUUGGAAGACUGACUUGGAGAGACUUUCAUUUUGCCCACUUCCUUGUUUUUCUUUUCUUUGGACAAUGAUGGGAAGCAUCACACUUCAUACAAAUCGUCCAAGUUGGAUAUCCGAUGCAGUUGCUGGUUGACCAAAGGCUACUACAGAGAGUGCUCAUCUUCCUACAGUUUCUUGGCUGAAAGUGCUUAUUCCUAAUUUCUGCCUCUGGAGAUAAAGCAGAAGGACCAGCUAGCUUCUCUAGUUGACCUUGUUUCAGAACCAGAGGCCUACUUUUUGAAGACAGAGGGUCUAUUUGACAGCAGUUUUUGGCUUUCGAAAAAAAAGAUCUAAAAUACUAACUCCAAAGUUUGAAUUUAAGAAAGGAGGGCUAUAUUAAGCGUAAUACUUGUCUGCAUUAGACUCAAACUGAACAAUGUGAAUAGACCCACAAGUCACAUUUGAAAUAUAGGGAAUUAAGCGUGUUUGCAGAACUUGCAAAGCCAGUAUCACUCUUGAAUCUGUUCCUCAGCCACUGGCUGUGAAUCAUUUUUAUUUUUAUUUUAUAACCUGCUGAGGAUUUUAUGAACCCUCUCUUCUAAGAUGGACUAGUAUUUUUAUUAGUUAAGAGGAGUUUAUGAUGACUGCCAUGACAGAAAAUAAUAUGAGGCACCUUCUUCCAAAACUAGCAUUGAGUUCUGACUUUAGCUUUGCCCUCUGGUGACUUUUAGCAGAUAGCCAGGACCCUGCAGAUUCUACCCGUGGAAGCUGAAUUGGUAACUUGGAAUUUGAUUCUCUCCUUGUGCUUCAUAGUUUCAUGCAACAUACAGGACAACUUUUUCCUGUCAUUCCAACCAAGCCCAAAUGUCCAGGUUUCAGGGAAGGGCUGCCCCUUUCUCCAUCAAAGAGUAGAGGCUAUUUGAGAAAUGAGGGGAGAUCCCAAUAUGGUAGCAUGGAAAGAGUUCAUUUUCAUUGACAUUCAAGUGUGUAUAAGCCAACAUGUGUCCAGCGAGUUUUCUCAAGAGCAAGAACUCCCUCACACUGCAAGAAAACCCAGAUGACUCUGUAACAGGAGAAGCUGUUGAAGCUUUCUGCUGUAGUAUGAGCACACUAACUGCAGAGGCUGUGCUUUUUUAUCUACAUUCUGUGAAGGAGCCCUCUAUCUUUAUUUCCUCCUCUAGUCCCCAUAAUUGAGCUAGGGUGACUAAUUGCAGAUUGUGUGAACACAAUUUGUGCUGUGCGAAGUCUGAAGAGUUUUAUCUUUAUCAUACUUGAUAUCCUCUUCAGUCACUUUGUUUUGUUUAUAGAAACAUUAAGCACAACUCUUCAGGGAAAACUGAUUGUAUCUGAGUGUUAAUUCUGUAACUUCUUAAAUUGCGACAGAAGUAGACAAAGUUAUCCAGCAGGGAAGCAGAAAUGAUACCAGGUUUACUGGUCCACAGACCACUGCGGUUCAUAAAACACCAGUUGGUGGUGGGCUGUGAAAUAACGACAGAGGAAGUCUAUAUAUGCAUACUUUUCAACUGCAAGCAGACAGAAAAGUGGGAAGGAAAUAGACUCUGCUCUAGAUGCUUAUUUCUAGUUUUAAUUGGCUAUAAAUGAAACCCAUUGUGACAGCAUUGCACAAUACAAUGUGAACCCUUUUUUCCAGUAAGAUUACAGUGUCUUUGACUUUUGAAAAGAGACUGAGAACUAAGCGGCUCCAAUACAGCACACUGAAAGAAAUAGCAGUAGGGAAUCACCUAGCCUCAUUCUUUCUAUAUUGCAAUUUAUUGAUGCUUAAUUUUUCAGCCAUUCCAAAGAGCUGAUGUUCAUAUGUCAGCCCAUUCGUGAUGGAAAAAGUCGAAUGUUUCACAUAUGGGAGUUAUUGCUAUUCUAGGAUUUUGUUCUUCUUGUCAUGCAGUUGAAGGAAUAUAUCUUACUCCCCAAAAACGAAUCUUCUGUCUCGAAUAAAGUACCUUCAUAACCACUGGAGUUACUCUAAUUUAAGAUAAUGUGACCAUGCCACAUAGAGAGGGCCAGAUAAGGACACCCGUGCUGCUGUCAGCUGCUUUCCACCUCAGACCAUAGAUUCAUAAGAGAUAAAAAAUCAUGUAAUAUUUCUUUGAUUAAGAAAGGACCUGCAAUAUCUGGGUUUCUUGCUUAUUUGCAGAGCGCCCUGCCAUUCCGGAAUGCCAUUCCAGGAAUGGAGGGCAAGGGCUGCUUCUGUGCAAUCAUUGAUCUGGUCUUGGCAAGUGCCUGCUUGGCAGUAGAAAGUGCUGAAAUGCCCAGUUGCUAUCUCUGCGAUUGUAUUCAUGAUAGCACUAGCUAAAGUUAGGCUAACUAAGCUGGGGGAGUUACCUUGUGUGAUACAACCCCAAAGCAAAGUCUUCAGCAGUAUGUAUUACCACACAGGGCAGCUAAGUCCUCUCUGUGCCACUGUCUAUCUCCAGCAGCACAUCAGUUAAAAACACUGAUGUGAGAGCCUUCCAUUUGUUGACCUGACAUAGGAGAGGGAUGACACUUGAGGUUAUAUUAAAUUAACCCCCACAAGUAAGGACUGCUCAUUCCUAUUUCUGCUAAGUUUAAUGCCUAUAAUGUGCCUUGUUACGGUCUUCUGAAUGUUACCCCAGCUGUAAAAGCAGAUUAUAAAUGUGUAGAUCCUCUUCAAUGAAUGUCACAUGUCUAACUGAAAUAUAAGAGAACUUUCAACCA